UCAGCGCUAAGGAGGUAAAACAAGACAUUUAGUUUGUGAGAUAGUCUGUGUUCUGUACUCUGCAAGAUGUCUCAAGCAGUUAUCAACGAUAAUGAAGUGGAUAUUGUGAUUGCUGCACUGCACUCCGACCUCACAACUUUCAUGAAUGAAUGGAGGCCAAUUUUCUCCCGCUUUCACCUGAUAAUAAUACAAGAUCCUGACCUCAGAGAAGAACUACAAAUUCCUGAAGGAUUCAGGGCGGAUGUGUAUACAAAGGAUGAUAUUGAGCGAGUGGUGGGUUCCUCAUCUUCUAUUCGCUUCUCUGGCUACUCUUGUAGAUAUUUUGGCUUUCUAAUUUCACGGAAAAAGUAUGUUGUCUGUAUUGAUGAUGAUUGUGUUCCUGCAAAAGAUAUUGCGGGGUCUUUGGUGGAUGCUGUGGCUCAGCAUGUUUCGAACCUCCAGACUCCUGCCACCCCUUUCUUCUUCAAUACACUAUAUGAUCCAUUCCGAAAGGGUGCAGAUUUUGUUCGUGGUUACCCCUUUAGCCUGCGAGAGGGAGUUAACUGUGCUGUGUCAUGUGGGCUAUGGCUCAACAUGGCCGACCUUGAUGCUCCAACACAAGCUCUGAAGCCACGGCAGAAGAAUCUGCGAUAUGUAGAUGCAGUUUUGACUGUUCCUGCAAGAGCCUUGUUGCCAAUGAGUGGAAUCAAUAUUGCCUUUAACCGUGAAGCUAUUGGUCCAGCAAUAGGCCCGGCAUUGAGGUUAACAGGGGAAGGGAAACUGAGGUGGGAAACUGCGGAAGACAUAUGGUGUGGAAUGUGUGUGAAAGUUAUCUGUGACCACCUAGGCCUUGGUGUGAAAACUGGGCUACCCUAUAUCUGGAGAACAGAAAGGGGUGAUGCAGUUCAGAGCUUGAAGAAAGAGUGGGAAGGGGUGAAAUUGAUGGAGGAUGUUGUUCCUUUCUUUCAGUCACUGAAGUUGCCACAAUCAGCAACUACAGCAGAGGAUUGUAUGGUUGAGAUUGCCAAAACAGUGAAGGAACAACUAGGGAAGGUUCAUCCUGUGUUUUCUCAGGCUGCUGAAACCAUGGUAGAGUGGGUCAAGCUCUGGAAGACAGUAGCAUCUGCUUGAAGCUCCUGAACUCGAGGACCCUUGUAGGAGUGAAAUUCAAAUUCCCUUGGUUGGGUGGCUUCUAUAUUUCUUUAUUUUGUUUAACUAAUUUAUGUAUGUCUUCUUUUUUCUGGUUUGUUGUGAACUAAGCUUAAAUUUUACCUGACACAGAUAGACUAAAGGCUGAAUAAAAUGAUUAUAGUACUUUUUGGCUUUGUGACAA